AAGGUUUGACAAGUUCCUUUUGUCAUGGGAAGAUCUAUUGCUCCUCGAUUACAGCUAGGCUAGUAAAUAUGAAAAUUGGGAUCCCAUGGGACAGGUUAGAAGUUUUGCCCCUCAAUCAUAAGAUAAGGAUUGCGGGCAUUGAUGUGACAUGCUUGGACGCAAAUCACUGCCCAGGAUCCAUCUUGAUACUUUUCGAGCCACCUAAUGGUAAGCCAGUUCUGCACACUGGGGAUUUUCGCUAUUGUGAGAAAAUGGCAAGCAUGCUGCAUGAAUGUCAUAUCCAUACUCUCAUCCUUGAUACCACUUAUUGUAAUCCCCAGUACGACUUUCCAAAGAAGGAGGCCGUAAUACAAUUUGUCAUUGAGGCUAUUCAGGCAGAAGCAUUCAACUCCAAAACUCUUUUUUUGAUUGGCAGUUAUACCAUUGGAAAAGAGAGGCUAUUCUUGGAGGUUGCUCGUGUUCUCCGUAAAAAGGUCUACAUUACUGGAACGAAGCUUCGUGUCUUAGAAUGCUUGGAGUUUCCGAAGGAAGAUAUGCAGUGGUUCACCAUAAAUGAACAAGAAAGCCACAUACAUGUUGUGCCCAUGUGGACUGUUGCCAGCUUCAAACGAUUGAAGCAUAUAUCAAAUCAAUAUGCGGACCGGUUCAGCCUUAUAGUUGCUUUCUCUCCUAGUGGUUGGACAUUUAGUAAGGGGAAGAAAAAGUCUCCAGGAAGAAGGUGGCAGCAGGGUACUGUAAUAAGGUAUGAAGUGCCAUACAGCGAACAUUGCAGCUUCACAGAACUGAAGGAGUUUGUUAAACUUUUUUCUCCUGAAAGGAUAAUACCAAGUGUCAAUAAUGAUGGAUCAGAUUCUGUGAACGCCAUGGUUUCUCUCCUUUUAUCUUGAUUUGUUUCCGGGUGGAAGUAUUUAUAGAUGGUCGAAGAUGGUUCUUUCACGAGCUGUGCUAAUGGAUUUGGUAGGCCAUGCAACCGAGUGAAGGACGCUACACAAGGUAGACAGACUAUUCAAUUUUAGAAACAAAGGCUAAAAUUCUAAAUGAAAUGAAUUUUAAAUGGUUAUGAUUUGAAAAUUUUGUUAAAGAUUGUGUUGAGAGAAUUUCCUUUUUCAUUGUAAUAAUUGUAAGUAGAUGAUUGAACUUUAAACUGUAUUUUUA